AUUCAGUUAGUCGCCGAAAGGACGAGCAGCCAGCAGCAACUAGAAAUUCUGGCUCGGACAAUGGCUUACUAACGUGACCAACAUGAGAAACUUUCCGCUGUGGGCGGCGCUACUGCUGCUCCUCGGCAUGGCCAUGCAGCUGGAGCCCUCGGUGGCCUCGUCCCCCUACGGUGCGGCCUGGCAGCGCGACCUCUUCGGCCGUGAUUCGCGCAAUUUGAUGCGCCGCAGCGAGGGCGAUGGCAGCGCCAGCUACGACGGAGGCCCCGACAUGGGGGGCUACAAGGAAUACAAGCAAAUAUUUGGCCCCUAUCCCAUUGAGCAGGAGCCGCGGAUGGCACAUCGGCCGCAACAGCAGCCCCAACAGCUGCGCCAGCAGACCGAGGUCUAUGGGAUUGUUGAGCCGCUGAUUGAAGACACACCCUGCGCCGACCGCCCCUGCCUGAUCAGCGAGGACUGCUGCCCCACAGGGGUCUGUGUCACCAGCAAUGGCGAGGGCAAGUGCGUGUAUGUGUUUGGACACCAGCGUGACCUGUGCCAGCGCCACGGGGACUGCGCCUCGGGCAGUGUUUGCAUGCUGGUCGCCCAAGAGGGCAUCUGGCGCUGCGAGACUGAGCCGGAGUCGAGCGCGGCCCCCUCGCUGCUGGAGGAGAUGUUCGGGCUGAGGCAGAAGCAGCCGCUGGGCAGCGAUUGCAACAGCAGCAGCGAUUGCCAGGUUGUCAAUGGAAUGUGCUGCCAGCAGCAGCGACUGCAUCAUCGGGCUGGCACCAAGCGCAGCUGCGGCUACUUCCGGGAUGCCUUCGACUGUGUGGACAUGGUUGGCUCAGAGCAUCUACAGCAUCGCCGCUAUUAAAGAUCCCCACGAGCUGGAAGUGGAAGUUUAAAUGCUAAUUAAAAUGACGUGAAAGACCCAGCUAAAUGACACACACGAAGAAGUACCUAAAUAUAGAUGCAAAUAUUAUCAUAAACAUAUCAAAAUGUUAAACAAAUACAUAUCACUACUCAAGUUGACGUAGCAUAGAGACAAUUUCUGCGUAUAUGAAUAUUUAUUCUCUUUGUGCACAAACCUUGAAACUCGGUGACCACAUCCAGUCACUUUACUCGCAACGAUCCUAUAAAUCUAGAUGUGUUUUUCGUAGAAUCUCCAAAUAUACUGACUGAGGCAUUCAAUGUUAAUAAGACAGCAAAAGUAUUGCAAAUCAAUGUUUAAAAUAUUUAACCAAAAACUAACUAAUUAAUUACCAAUUAUUUGA